CUUCGUCAGUAGUGGGUGAGAUCUCGGCCUGCAAGAAUGAGACGUUUGUGGCAGGGGUUAAUCGCGGUAUUCUUAGUGGCUUCAUCCACGUCGGCGGCGGAGGAGGCACCAAAGCCGCCGCCCACGGUCGAGGUGCAGCUCCAGCAGGGUGUGAUUGAAGGACUGAGAAAUGAGGCGGGUGAUGGACGAUUCUUCUACAGCUUCAAGACUAUUCCUUUUGCCCAGCCUCCCGUUGGCGAUCUCAGAUUCGAGGACCCCGUGCCCGCUGAAGGUUGGACAGGAGUAAGAGACGGGUCCGCGGUGACUCCCAAGUGUCCCCAGCUGUCUAUAUCCACGUACAUCAGUGGCGACAGGAUAGUUGUGGAAGGUCAAGAAGACUGUCUCUACCUCUCUGUGUACACACCUCAGCCCCAUCCAUCGGACCUGCCAGUUAUGGUGUGGAUUCACGGAGGAGCUUUCACCUUGGGCUGUACUGAAGAAUACUCGCCUCUUCCUCUCCUCACCAGGGAUAUAGUCCUCGUUAGCAUUCAGUAUCGUCUGGCCACUCUAGGAUUCCUGUCGACGGAAGAUGAAGAGCUCCCUGGAAAUUUAGGGCUAAAGGACCAGACGCUAGCUCUUCGCUGGGUGCAGGACAACAUCAGGAAAUUCGGUGGCGACCCAGAGAAAGUUACCAUCUUCGGCGAGAGCGCUGGCGGGGCGUCGGUACACUACCACGUCUUGUCUCCGAUGUCUAAAAAUUUGUUUAAACGAGCCAUCAUGCAAUCAGGGACAACCUUAUGUCCCUGGGCAUUGAGAGAAGACCACAGGGAGGCACUCGGCAAACUCGUUCACCUGCUGAACUGUUCAGGGUUCGACCAAACAUCUAGAUCCCUGGACAGUAAAGCGGCGGUCGCCUGCCUGAAGAAGGUUCCUGCAGACAAACUUACGUCUGUACAACUUGCCUUUAAUAUAUGGAACGGGAAUCCCACCGUAAUGCUACCCAGGGUCGACGGAGAGUUCUUGCCUGACCAUCCGGCUGUUUUAUUAAGGGAAGGGAAAUAUAACAAGGUCGACCUCAUCUCCGGCAUCACCAAACACGAGGGCGAAAUCGCCACCUUAAUGACCAUCGGCAACAAAGAAGCCACCACAAGCUUAAUGGAGAACUUUAGCCAGUAUGGACCUGCGGCACUCUAUAUCGACGAUUGGGACGAUGAUCCUGAGUACCUGGCACGUCGAGCCUUCCACCACUACCUGGGUCCUAUGGAAAUCACAAUGGAGAAGCCGAUGCUUAUAUGCAGCUCAUGGGUGACAUCAUGUUUACGACAUGUUUUGUGGACGCUGUUGAAGAGCAUACAAAGGACGGAGCAUUUGGCCAUCGCAUUUACACGUACGAGCUCGAGUUUGUCGGGGCACACAAAAUGUCUGAGCUUUUCUUCGGACCGUCGCCUGAUUUUGCAAAAAACUGGGUUGGUCACGGCGACGACCUUCUGUACCUUUUCUCUUCGAUGGUUGCAAAUGAGACGAUGACCAAGGCAGAGGACCUCUUCAUCAGGAGAGUUAUGCUCGAUCUGUGGGUCAACUUUGCGUCUACUGGGAACCCAACGCCCGACCUCUCCCUUGGCUUUAAGUGGACUCCCAUGUCGCAUGCAAGAGACACUCACUUGGCUAUCAACCUUACUCCGUUUAUGAAGGAGUUCUCUUACCAUC